AUUUGCUUCUUUCAGUACUGUUGUUGUAGGAAUCCAGUGAGUACAAUUUAACGAUGAUAUUCCACUACAUCCUAAAUGAGGAAGCACUAUCUCAUUUCAGUUUGUCACUGUUACUCUUUACAUUAUUGUCUAUUGCACUCUGGACUUCGAUAACAUGUUGUCAUCAACAACAACGCGAACAAAUACGAUAGAUAUUAUGAUGGAGUGGCACACGCAGGAGAAUUCAUSAAUAUUGUUCGUGAACCCAAAAAUCCUUACGACUCUAAUGCGAUUCGUGUGGACAACCUCCAAGGCAAAAAGGUUGGGCACAUCAAAUGCCAAUGGGCAGCGAUCAUCGCGCCAUUCAUGGAUCGCUACUGCUCGAGUAGCAGCCGGGACGAAAGCAAUCCUCCCGAGUUGGCCUUGUCACUCGUGGGCACAAUUCUUUUCGGAGGAGGUAGUUAAACUCUGCCGUUGAAUAUUGAGUUCGUCGCCUUUGGAGCUGCCUCGACGAUGGACGAGUUGUUGGACCGUUUGCGACCGUUGGCUCUUGACAUUAAGAAAGCCUUCAAACGCCAAAAAGACUUUCGAACGGAGGCGAACAUCACCAAGAAAUCGAAGGCGGCAGCGAUCGUCGAAAGCAAGACCAUGGAUUGGACGACACAGGCCAAGGAAUUAGAUGCAUUUUUCGAUAAACAAUCAGAGCAGCAGUUGAAAGAUCUCCCGGAAGUUCCUGUGCCAUCACAGCUCAAAACCGAAUUGCUCGAUUAUCAAAAAAACUGGACUGCAAUGGCUGGUAGAGAGGGAUAACAAUCCGAAGGUUCCUUGCUUAUAUUCUCAACGAAAAGAAAAGAAUGCUGAUGUCUGGUACUGCAAUAUCACGAAGGCAUCGCAACCGACCAAGCCGGGAACGGUUCAGGGAGGUAUUAUGUGUGAUGAAAUGGGUCUGGGAAAGACGCUGCAAUUGAUCUCGCUCAUCCUGGCAGCCCCACCUCAGUCUACUGGUAUUCCUGGCACUUCAAAGGUCGCCAACCUACACCAACCACAUUGCACACUGAUUGUGUGUCCCGUAAGCGUGAUGUCCAACUGGCAGCGGCAGAUCGACCAACAUGUGGACGAAGGCGUACUCAACGUGGGUGUUUAUCAAGGUCCGUCACGAGCCACGUUGCUACAGAAGGUGAAAGAGGGAGAAAUCAACGUUUUACUAGUAUCCUAUAAUACGUUAGCUGCUGAUUAUACAAAGAUAUUUGGCAAAGCGAAAGACGACGACGGGAGCAAAAUUCCGGCAAGACCGAAGAAAAAACAAAGACCAAUUGACUCCAUUUUCAAGAUCCCAUUCCAUCGCAUCUGUUUGGACGAAGCUCAUAUCAUUCGGAACCCCCGUAGUUGCUUCUUCCGUGCCUGCAAUGAAGUUUCGGCACAACGCAAGUGGGCCGUGACGGGAACUCCUUUUGUCAAUAAAGCGGAUGAUAUCUAUUCUUUAAUGGUAUUCUUGGGUUACGAACCUCUUAAUGACAUGAAGAUUUACCGUCGCGCCAUUUCUUUUCCAAUUCAAAACAACGACGAAGAAGCCGGAUUGGCUUGUUUGCGAGUAGCCAUGGCAGAUGUAAGUCUUCGACGCUCCAAAGACACGGCCGGUAUCCAACUGGUUGACAAGACGGUCCAGCUAACAAAAGUUUCCUUCGAGGAAGGCGAUCCGCACAAGGCUAUCUAUGAUGCCCUGUUUGGCAGCGUUCGAGUUGCAUUCGAGGCCGUCUUGCAAAAUGGAGAAAAAGAAGUUCUCAAGAAUUAUUCCAAUAUUUUUGAAAAGCUUCUGCGACUGCGCCAGGCUUGCUGUUCUGGAAAGCUCGUUCCAUUAGAACGCCGUCAACGGGCUCUAACAGUCUGGAACGAAUUGAAACAACGUUCAAACAACGAUCAAACCCCCAAAUUAACGGCCGAAGAAGGUUUGGAACUACUGGAGAAGCUCAAAGAUGCUUUUGACACGGAUAAGAACAAYAACAAUGAGCUUCCGGAGUGUGCCGUGUGUUUAAUGGAAAUGGAGGAAGCUCAAUGCAUCAUCUUGAAGAAAUGCUCCCAUGUCUAUUGCGAAGAUUGCAUCAAUCGCGUAUACACCACCAACUUAGGGCGAUCCAAGUGCCCGCUCUGUCGUAAACCGUUCUCCAAGUCAGAUAUGAUCAGGAAGAGUGCAGCGACUGCCGCCACACAAAUCGAUAAGAGAGAAGUAGCCAUUCAUGACGACAACAUGAGAAGGUCUCCCAAAAUUUCCGCUUUAUUGAAGAUUAUCCAAGCUGGAAUGCAUCCUGACGAGAAAGGCGUCAUUUUCAGUCAGUUUACUAGCUUCCUUGACCUCAUUAGUCAGGCUCUGCAGGAGGAAGGGCAUACCUUUGUGAGAAUGGACGGUUCUAUGAACACGACGAAGCGAAUGGCAGCAGUUCGGGCGUUCUCGUCUGAUGAAAAAGACGGUCCCCGUUUUAUUUUAUGCAGCCUACAUGCCGCGGGAACUGGAAUCAAUUUGACUCGCGGAUCAAAGGCGUUCAUGAUGGAUUGCUGGUGGAAUGCAUCUGUUGAGAAUCAAGCAAGUAAGUGCAGUAACUUUCAUGACAUCCAAACUGGUUGACAAAAUGCUUAAUCAAUACACAAAAAAUAACCCUUCUUCCUUCCCUUUUUUAGUGGAUCGAAUCCAUCGAAUUGGGCAGACACGACCCGUGACAAUUUAUCGCCUUGUCAUGAAAGACUCUUUGGAAGAACGGAUCGUAGAGCUUCAAACUGUUAAGAGCCUUCAAGCGAAAGGCUCGAUGCAGAAACUUGGAGCUGAGGAAAAGAAGAAAACCCGUCUACGAGAUCUGAAGGGUCUUUUGAUGAUCGAAUAAAAAUAUUUUUGUAAGAAAUACGAUUGUGGAAUCGCCAUUAAAUCAAGGAAAUGUGU